AGUAAUUUUUCGAAAUCUUACUUCAGAGCUAUUUUCAUUAAAAUACUUUUUAAUGUCUAUGUAAAUUAUUUGUAAUUGAUUUUUUGCUUAUAUAAUAUAUAAGCUUAUAUAAAAUAGUGUGUAAAUUACAUAAGAGAAAUAUGACGAGAAUUUCUGGCAAUAUAUGUGAUACUCGUUGUCAGUUAGUUCGUAAUGAAAUGAUAAGAAAAGAAAACACGACACGAAUGAAAUGGUUUUUAAAGAAUCAAGAACGAUUGAUAAGUCAUUUGAAAGAGCCGAAAUUUACAAAACAAGCCAAAGAAAUAAUAGCAGAAUCUGAAAAACGAGUGAAAAUUCGUGUUGAUAAACCCAUUGUGCGACGCAAAGCCUUACCUCUUUGGAGGCCACCUCGAUCUGAUGCUUUUAUCAAUAUAGAUACCAUGAAACCUGUUAAUCCUAAUAUAAGAGACAUGCUCUAUGAAAAAGGAAUACCGACUUUUAUCACUACUAAUAAUUAUUUAACUGAAAGAUAUAAGGAACCUCCAGAGAAGCGUUUCUAUUUUCCUGAUUCUGUGAAUUGGAUAUACGGAUGGCGCCUUGACGAUUUUCCUACUGUUCCACCUAGUAAUAAAAGCCUGAGAUCUGUUAUGUUAACACAAUUUUAUCAACGUAAAGUAUUUAAUCUGCAGCAAGAUCCAGGAUGGCAUCGUGGUUGUCAGAUAAAUAAAGCAAGAAAUUUCAAUGAAUUGUUGACAUAUUAAAUUAUUGAUUAAUGUGAAAUUCUCAUCUCAAGAGAAUCAUAUGAAUAUCUCUAUUUCAUACAAUACUAUUAGAGAAUACGAUUAGAAAAAGAGAUAAUAUUUUGAUAUCAUAUUUUUAUAUCUCGAUGUUAUAUUUUUUUAAUAAAAAAUAUACUCUUGCUCAUAACAUUUAGUGUAUUUUUGUAAGCGUUAAAUUUAACUUUUUUAAAUUUUUCAUUUUGUUUUUUA